CGACCUAACGUCACCCCCCACAAGCCUGAGCGCGAGCAAGAAAACCUCCCCCGCCCUCCCUCCUCCUCCUCCUCCUCCUCAUCCGCCUCCGCCUCCUGCGACCACCGUCACCAUGCCGCCCCAGAACAACACCACCCUCGCCACCACCAACAACUCCGCCUACAAGCCGGACCAUGCCCCCCUCAACCCCACCCUCCCGCUGACCACCGGCGUCGCGCCCGAGCUGAUCAACGACACCGUCACCAACUACAACAACUACUGGUCCGCCGACAUCGACAAGAACGACAAGAAUGUCGAGACCCGUACCACCAGCUACGCCAACCUCACCAACUCCUACUACGACCUGGUGACCUCCUUCUACCAGUUCGGCUGGGGCGAGAGCUUCCACUUCGCCAACACCCUGCCCCAGGGCAAGGAGAAGCUGGCGCAGGCCUGCCAGCGCCACCAGCACCAGCUGGUCGCCCAGCUCCGCCUGCCGCACCUCGCCGGCAGCCCCGAGGCCAAGCAGCAGCUCCUGCUGGAUGUCGGGUGCGGCAUCGGCGGCCCCAUGCGCGAGAUCGCCCGCUUCACCGGGGCCCGCGUGAUCGGCAUCAACAACAACGAGCACCAGAGCAAGAUCGGCCGCGCCAUCAACUACAAGGACCGGCUGGCGGCCUGCCCGGAUGCCGGCAUCGAUGGCGCCCGGCCCGGCAUGCACCCCGAUGUCGAUGCCUCCCAGACCGCCAUCGUCACCGGCGACAUGAUGGAGCUCCCGUUCGAGGACAACACCUUCGACGGUGUCUACGCCAUCGAGGCCACCCUGCAUGCUCCCAAGCUGGUCGACUGCUAUGCCGAGAUCCUCCGCACCCUGAAGCCCGGUGCCCGGUUCGCCGUCUACGAGUGGGUCCUGACCAACUUCGACCCGGAGGACAUGUCCCACCGUGAGCUCCGCCGCAACAUCGAGAUCGGCAACGGCAUCGCCAACCUCGUCACCGACGCCGAGGCCCGCCAGGCCAUGCUGGAUGCCGGCUUCGAGCUGGAGUUCGCCGUCAACAUGGCCGACCCGUCCGUCCGCCCGGAGGCCCUGGAGCCCUGGUAUGAGGCCCUCAAGGCCGGCAACACCAGCCAGUCCUUCUUCAGCAUCGAGGGCUUCCGCAGCUCGGCCAUCGGGCGCACCGUCACCGACUACGGCGUCUGGGCCCUGGAGAAGCUCCGCCUGGCCCCGACCGGCUCGCACGAGGUCUCCCAGGUCCUGAUGACCGCUGCGCAGUUCCUGGCCGAGGGUGGCGAGCGCCGCCUCUUCACCCCCAUGUACCUGAUGGUCGGCCGCAAGCCCGAGUAAGUGUGCGGGGUGUGUGCCUUCGGGUGUGAGUGUGUGUGUGUGUUUGCGCGCGAGAGAGGU